GUUGGACGCGAGUUGCUACAGAGUCAUCUAACUAACAAGUGAGGUAUGGCUGAUUUUGGUUUUGCACGAUUUGGUGAUGAUGAUGAUAAUGAAGAAGAUGAUGAAUUUGAUCCAGGGUUACGGUUUGGAAAUCGUGAUGGUUUGAUAUUUGUUGUUGAUUGUAAUAAAGAAAUGUUUGAUGCUGAAGAUGAAGAAGAAUGCCCAUUUAGAGUCUGUAUGAGGUGUAUAAAAACUACCAUGCAGAAUAAAAUUAUCAGUAGUGAAAGAGAUAUGGUAGGAGUUAUCUUUUAUGGAACUGAAAAAACAGACAAUCCAAGUGACUUUAAAAAUAUCUACAUUUAUAUGAAUUUAGAGCAGCCCGGCGCUGAAAGAAUUUUAGAAAUAGAGAAUAUGAUAGAAAAUGGAUAUAAAAAAUUUGGUACAAAAUAUGGUCAUAAUGAACAUUAUUCUAUCAGUGAAGUUCUCUGGACUUGUGCUAAUAUGUUUUCUAAUUCGAGCCAGAAAAUAAACUAUAAACGAGUGUUAUUAUUUACUAAUAAUGAUGAUCCACAUUCUAGUAGUCUUCAGUUACAGAGACAAGCAAGAACUAAAGCAAAUGAUUUAAAUGAAACUGGAAUUGAUUUAGAAUUGAUGCACAUGCAGAAACAAGGACAAACUUUUGAUGUUUCUAAAUUCUGGAAGGAUUUAAUCUAUACAGCUGAUGAUGAGUUGACUGAAUUACCAGACCCUUCUGAAAAACUUGAAGAACUUUUAACCAGAGUAAGAACUAAAGAUCAUAAGAAGAGAGCAUUCAGAAGAGUUCCAUUCUCUUUAUCUGAUGAUAUUAAAUUCUCCGUUGGAGUGUAUAAUCUAGUACGACAUUGUACCAAACCAUACAGUAUCAAACUAGACAAAAAAACUAAUGAAGAAUUAAAAAGUCACAGUAAAACAUACCUCAAGGAAACAGGAGAAGUGUUGAUGCCACAAGAUUUAAAGAAAGCUCAAACGUAUGGUGGACGUAAAAUUUGUUUUGAAAAUGAUGAAGUUACAGAAAUUAAGAGAUUUGAUGUGUCAGGAUUAAAAUUAAUGGGUUUUAAACCAAAAAAUAGAUUAAAGAAAUUUCACAAUGUUAAACCUUCAUCUUUUAUUUAUCCUGAUGAAGAUUCAAUAUCAGGCAGUACGACUAUGUUUACAGCAUUAUUAACUAAGUGUAUUGAUCGUGGUGUUAUAGCUAUUUGUCAAUACAUACCUGGUAAAAAUAAUCCACCUAGGUUUGUCGCUCUUCUACCUCAGAAAGAAGAGUUAGAUGAACAUAAAGUGCAGAUAACUCCACCAGGUUUUCAUGUUAUAUUUUUACCAUUUGCUGAUGAUUUUAGAAAAGUAACUUUUGAAGAAGCUCCACGAGCUACAACAGAACAGAUUGAUAAAGCAAAAGAACUGAUCAAGAAAUUACAGUUUAAAUUUAAUAGUGAAAGUUUUGAAAAUCCUGUUUUACAAAACCAUUGGAGAAAUAUUGAGGCCCUGGCCUUAGAUAGAGAUGAAGCAGAUGAGAUGACAGACUAUACUAUGCCAAAUGAAGCUGGUAUUCAGAAGAGGGCUGGUAAAAUAAUGGAUGAAUUUAAAGAUUUAGUUUUUCCUCCUGAUUAUGAACCUGGGGUCAAACGAAAGGCACCAACUAGUGAAUCAGCAGCAGCUAAAAAGCAGAAAGUAGCUGAUGCUAUGGUAGAAAUAGAUGUUAAGAAAGAGGCUCAGGCUGGAAGAUUGAACAAGUUAACAGUACCAGUGCUAAAAGAGUUGAUUAAGAAAGAAAAGAUAACUGCUAAUGGAACAAAGAAAGCUGAUCUAAUAGAAGCUAUUAAUGAUCAUUAUGGUAUUGCUGCCUAGAAUUAUUUCAUUCAUGUCUUGCAUGUGAAGUAGGGGUGGUCACAAUCAAGUAGAUAACUCUGGAAGGAUACUAAUAUUUGAUAACCUGUAGCAAGCAGUGUGCUCAGUAUUUCUUAUGUAACAUUCAUAAGAUAUUUUCCAACCUUUGUAAUACAGUUUGUAUUCAGAUUUCCAAACUGGAUGUCUGUAAUUCCAGAAAAAUUGGAUCAGAAUAUGAUGUUAUUGUUUAAAAAUCUAUCUAAAAGCAAUCUGAUAUUUGCAGCACUUCAUUAUGCAUUUUGAAAUUUAACUACUUCACUGCCAUGGCAUUUCAUGUUGCAUUUUAUGUCUUUGUCACCAAAUUUUUACACACAUUAUCUGUAUCUUAUCAUGUAUUCAAAUAGAUCUUAUUACAUCAA